AUGGCUUCAAGACUAUACAUGGGCCGUCUGCCCCCAGGCGUUGCCAGGGAAGAUAUCGAAGACCACUUCAAGGGCUUCAAGCUCAACGACGUCCGUCUCAUGGGAACCUUUGCCUUCCUCGAGUUCGGCAGCUCUCGCGACGCCGAUGAUGCUGUCCGUGAUUUUGCCGGCCGAUCGUUCAAGGGCGAGGACAUCAUCCUUGAGCACCCUCGCGAGACCCGCCGGAGGGACAUUUACGAUGGUCGUGGCCCUCCCGGAGGCGACCGCGGCUUUGCUCCACGCCCCGAACGUCGCCGUGGUGUUCGUGUAAACGUCAUUGGUAUCCCCCAAGCGACCAGCUGGCAGGACCUUAAGGAUUACGGACGUAUUGGCAACAACAAUGUCGUCUUUGCCGAUGUUGACCGAAACAACCCAGGUCAAGGCAUCAUCGAGUUCGGGAGCUUGACCGAGGCCGAGGAGGCUCUUACGCGUCUCGCCGGUGUUGACAUCAACAACACCCCCGUCAAGCUCGAGAUCGUCCCCGACGACGGAAGCGUACCUGUCUACCGCGCCGGCCCGCUCGGAAGGGAGAGGGACGACCGGCCUCGCUACGACGACCGCGGACCGCCCAGGGACUAUGGUCGCCCCAGGUACGAUGACCGCCGCGACGACCGUGGCCGUCAAGAUGACCGCUACGUCCCUCGCGACCGCGGAGACCGCGGAGACCGCGAUGACCGUCGUGACCGUGACCGUGACGACCGCGGAGGCCGUGGCGAUCGCGGUGACCGAGGGGACCGUGGUGGACGGGAGCGUGGAGACAACCGUGGCGAUGACCAGGGUGACCGCGAGCGUGACAGGGAGAGGGAGGCCCGUCGUGAGAAGGAUUACGGAGGAAGGGAGCGCUCCCCCGUCCGCAGGGGCGAGGACGACCGUUACGUCGACUCCAAGUCGUAA